AUGAGACAUUUCAAUUGCAUUGUGCUAGUAGUAACAGUCAUUCUUUUAUGUGUCCGGCCCGGUAAUAGUCGAUUAUUGACUGAUCAAGAGAAGGGAUUAAAGAAAAGAGGCAUUGUUCUACAAGUACUUCAGACGCAUCGACCUGUCCCUCCUUCUGGAUCGUCAGGAUGCAGCUACAUCCCUGGAAGUGGUGGCUCUGGUUGUCCCAUCGAGGAAAUGCACUUUGCCGGUGGUGGUGGUAGUAGUGGUGCGCAGCCUGCAGCUGCCACCUAUUCGCCGCCACCGCCGAUGAAUGUAUUUGGUGUGGAUAGUACUCAUCAAAAUUGA